AGCUCCCAAGGCACUCAGCAGAAUUACAGCCCCAAAUAAAAUGGGGGGCAAAUACACAGAUUCGUUUACAACGUUUGUGACCCUGCCUGUUUGCUAUAGGACGCUGCGGCCCUGCUGCUCCCUGCUGGAUGCGACCUGCAAGAGCAGGGGAUAGGUUGGGGUCAUCUGUUUAAAGCGGGUGCUGGCUGCUACCUUCUUGCCUCCCCUCCCUCAGGGUGUUGCUCCGGCUGUGAUUGGUGGAGACUGUCCGCGGGGUGCGUGUGAGCGGGGUUUCUCCUCCCCCACAGCCGGGAGGGGACUGGAGUUUAGAGAAGCAUCUGAUCUAGAAGGUCUUCCUCCUUGAGACAGAGAGCAUCUGAGAAGCUUAUGAACCUACUGGAUUGCAGGCCUGCCAGCAGCUGAAGCCCAUUCCAUCGGAGUUAUUGCUGUUCUGUGGGCGUAAGCAUUCUCUGUGGAACUGUGCCAGCAGCUUAUCUGGUUAUUGCUUAACCAGUUUCCUUGCAAUUAUUGCUGUACUAUGAAGAAAAGUUUUGAAGGCUGUGAUUAACAAGUAACUCCACCGGUUGUUGUGGGUACUGUGAAUAAAUUCCUACUUGUUGGUGCUUGUAAAGCAAGAAUUGGGGUAAUCAUUUUAACAGAGGGAUUAAAUGACAAAAUGUGGAAGGCGACUGUUCUGCUGACUUUGCUGAGCCUGAGUGUGACCUUUGAGCUAGGUCGUGCUCAUAAACAAUGGAGUGCCUUUCGCAGCAUGUUUAGAAGGAUCAAGUGUUCCACACCAUCAAAAGGAGACCCAGGGCACCCGCUCUUCCUUACCCCUUAUAUUGAAAGUGGGAGAACUGAGGAAGGAAGGCAGUUAAGUUUGGUUGGCCCUCUCCAAGGAGUAAAUGUGAAGAGUUACUCUGGCUAUCUCACAGUGAACAAGACUCACAACAGCAAUCUCUUCUUCUGGUUCUUCCCUGCUGAGGUGCAGCCAGAGAAUGCCGCGGUCCUUCUUUGGCUCCAGGGUGGACCAGGAGGAACAUCAAUGUUUGGGCUUUUUGUUGAACAUGGACCAUAUGUUGUCGACAAGAAUCUCAGAUUGUUUAAACGGAAGUUUCCUUGGACAUCUAAAUUUUCCAUGCUUUACAUUGACAAUCCAGUUGGGACUGGCUUUAGUUUUACUGAUGAUACGGGGUAUGCAGUAAACCAAGAUGAUGUAGGAAGAGAUUUAUACAGUGCACUCAUCCAGUUUUUCCAGCUAUUUCCAGACUAUCAGAAAAAUGACUUCUAUGUUACAGGAGAAUCUUAUGCAGGGAAGUAUGUGCCUGCUAUUGGCUACUACAUCUAUACCCAUAGUUCCAAAGCCAAAGUUAAGAUCAACUUCAAAGGAGUUGCUAUUGGUGAUGGUUUCUGUGACCCUGAAAUGAUGCUGGGUGGCUAUGCACAAUUCCUGUACCAAAUUGGCUUGGUGGAUGAGAAGCAGAGGGAGUAUGUCCAGCAGCAGACUGACCUGGGAGUAAUUUAUAUCCGGCAGAAGAAGUGGAUGAAAGCCUUUGAAGUAUUUGAUGCUCUUUUGAAUGGUGAUGAAACAAAUUCUUCCUACACUCAGAAUGUUACAGGAUGUAGCAACUACUUUAACUUUUUGCAGUGCCAGGAGCCUGCUGACCAGGAAUAUUUUGGAGCGUUUUUAUCACUCUCAGAAGUGAGGAAAGCUAUCCAUGUGGGAAAUCUUACCUUCCAUGAUGGGUCUGCAGUUGAGAAGCAUUUGCUUGAAGAUGUGAUGAAGACAAUAAAGCCAUGGUUAGCUGUAAUUAUGGAUAAUUACAGGGUUCUGUUAUACAAUGGGCAGCUUGAUAUCAUAGUAGCAGCUCCACUGACGGAACGCUUUCUACGUACUGUGCCAUGGAGCAAAGUGGAAGAAUACAAAAAUGCUGAAAGACUUAUAUGGAGGAUCCAUCCCCUUGACAAAGAGGUAGCUGGUUAUGUGCGCCAAGCUGGUGAAUUCUAUCAGGUAAUUGUUCGAGGUGGAGGACAUAUUUUACCUUAUGACCAACCUGAAAGAUCAUUGGACAUGAUUGACAGAUUUAUCUCUGGAGAAGGAUGGAAGACAAAUGAUUCUAAAAUUAAAACUUAAAAUGCAGUGUAAAUGUACUACCUUGCCAAAUGCUUCAGAAAUGUUUUGAAUGUACUAUAGUGAAAAUAUUGCCAUAUGGAAAAACCAUGAAAUUGAGGAUGAGCUUAAUAAAAUAGCUAUAAAUGUU